AUACUGGAUGGGACAUGUUUGAGAGAGAGAGAGAGAGUGUGUAUAAGCUAUUUUUGGUCUCGCUUUGACAGUUUGGCUCUCUCUCUUUAAAGAAACAGAACCGCACUGACCAUCGGGCGCGCGAGUGGAGCAAAAAACGCGCCACCGAAAGUGCUACGGGCCACCUCCAUGGGCUGCACGGCCUCCAAGCUCGAUAAUGAAGACACAGUGAGACGUUGCAAGGAGCGGCGUCGUCUAAUGAAGGAAGCGGUUUACGCUCGCCACCACCUUGCCGCAGCUCAUUCCGACUACCUCCGCUCCCUACGUCUCACUGGCUCCGCUCUUUCCGACUUUGCCGCCGGGGAACGCCUCGCUGUUUCCGGCCAAACCCCAGCUGUUUUCCUCCGAAAUCCUUCCUCAGUCUCUUUCCGUUCAACACAACCACAACCACCACCACCACGACGACCACUGACCCCAUCUCCGCCACGUCCUCCGCCUCCUCCUGCCUUCUCUCCAUCUCCCACUAUCGCUAGCUCAAAGCUUCCACAUAUCCUCUCUGAAUCAAGCCCCUCAUCCACUCCCCGCCAACAAUCUGCCGCGAAAUAUGGUUACCCCUUCAAUUUCCCGACCCAAUCCACAUACUCUAGCACUCCUUCUCAGACUUCAUCCGUUUGGAACUGGGAGAACUUCUACCCUCCCUCACCUCCCGGUUCUGACUUCUACCGCCGCCCAAAGGACGAAGAAGACGAUCACCACCCCCCUUCACCUCUCGGUUCUGACUUCUACCGCCGACCAAAAGACGAAGAAGUCCAUCACCACCACCCCUCACCUCUCGGUUCUGAUUUCUACCGCCGACCAAAAGACGAAGAAGACCAUCACCACAACCUCGUCGACGAAGAGGAAAAGGAUGAAGGAACCGAGAGAGAAGAAGUUCAUUGUAGCGAAUGGGGCGACCAUUACAGUACCACGAGCUCCGAUUCCAAAUCGGACAACGAAGAGGACGAGUUAGACCGAGACGAGAGAUCAGAGAUUGGUUCUAGAUCGAAUUUUGGAUCUUCAGUUCACACUAAGACCACGGCGAAGCCGAAUUAUACACCAAUGGGGAAAUCAGAGAUAUCUGAUGACGCUGGAUCCUCGGUUGGUUGGAAUGCUGGUGGCGGUGGAGAGAUCUCAGACAUGAAAAUGGUUGUUAGACAUCGAGAUCUGGCAGAGAUCGUGGCGGCCAUCAAAGACUACUUCGAUAAAGCUGCUGCUGCUGGUGAUUCAGUGUCUGAACUACUCGAGACCGGGCGAGCUCAGCUCGAUCGAAGUUUCAAACAGUUGAAGAAGACUGUUUAUCAUUCGAAUAGCGUUUUGAGUAACCUGAGUUCGACUUGGACUUCGAAGCCGCCGUUAGCGGUUAAGUACCGGCUUGACGCUGGUUCGCUCAAUGAACCGGGCGGUCUGAAGAGUCUUUGCUCGACCUUGGAACGCCUUCUCGCCUGGGAGAAGAAGCUCUACGAGGAAGUGAAGGCUAGAGAGGGAGUGAAGAUCGAGCAUGAAAAGAAGUUGGCAUCACUACAGAGUCAGGAGUACAGAGGGGAGGAGGAAGUGAAGUUAGACAAGACCAAAGCAUCGAUAAGGAGGCUUCAGAACCUAAUUAUGGUCACUUCAGAAGCAGUCUCUACCACCUCCUCUGCCAUCAUUCAGCUCAGAGACAGUGAACUUUCCCCGCAGCUGGUUGAGCUUUGUCGUGGGUUCAUGAUCAUGUGGAGAUCAAUGAAUCAGUUCCAUGAGGUUCAGAAUCACAUUGUGCAACAAGUACAGGGCCUUGUGAAUCGAUCUGCCAGGGGGGAGUCAACAUCUGAACUGCACCGGCAGGCAACCCGCUUCCUUGAGGCUGCUGUUUCUGAUUGGCACUCCAGCUUCUGCCGCUUAAUAAAAUACCAGAGGGACUUUAUCAGGUCCCUCCAUGGUUGGCUCAAGCUUACUCUCCUCCACAUUGGCAAUGACAGAAUCACUGGUAGCAAAGAACCUGCCCUUUCUGUCCAAACCUCCUCUGACCUCUUUGCCUUCUGUGACGAGUGGAAGCUGUCCAUUGAUCGAGUUCCUGACACUGUAGCUUCUGAGGCCAUCAAGAGCUUUGUUAAUGUUGUCCACGUCAUCUCUGUGAAGCAGUCUGAAGAGCUCAAGAUCAAGAAGCGGACGGAAACUGCCUCCAAGGAGCUUGAGAAGAAGGCUUCGGCACUCCGCAACAUUGAGAAGAAAUACUACCAGUCAUAUUCAAUGGUUGGUAUAGGCCCUCCUGAUAGUGGCCCUGAUGGUGGUGGACUGGUUUUUGAUGCACGAGACCCUCUUGCUGAGAAGAAGUCUGAACUUGCAGUUAGCCAGAGGCAGGUGGAGGAUGAGAUGUCAAGGUAUGCCAAGGCAAUUGAGGUAACAAGGGCAAUGACACUGAAUAACUUACAAACAGGUUUGCCUGGGGUGUUUCAGGCAAUGACUGGGUUCUCGGCCUUGUUCACAGAGGCUCUUGAGGGGGUAUGCACCCGUUCCUAUGCUAUUAAAUGAGUAAAUUGAUUUUUUUUGAGGAAGUAAAUUAGGAUCAUCAAGGCUGGGAUUUUUUUUCUAAAAUAUAGGAAGAACCAGUGUUUCUUUUUCUCCUUUUUCUGUGUAGAUAUAUGGAAUUUUGUCAUUUUAGCUUCUUCUGUGGAAGUCGGAGGGGAUGUAUCUGUACAGGGAAUUGUUCAAGAUUGUUGUAAGAGAGAUUGGCUUCUUUAUCACUUGAAUAAAAAUAUAAUGCUGCCCCUGUUUUUCUUU